UGAGGAGGGGGCGUGCGUGCCGUGCGACGCCGCGUGCGCCACGUGCGAGGGGGAGGCCGCCGCGUGCGUGACGUGUGCCGGCGGCCUGCUGCUCGACGGAGGCGUGUGCCGCCAGGGCUGCCGAGAGCGCUACUUCGCCGGCACGGACGGCGAGUGUCGGCACUGCCCGCAGCACUGCGAGGCCUGCACCAACGCGACAGCCUGCGCCAAGUGCAGCUACCUGUACUCCCUGCUGGGGGGCAAGUGCUACGUGGUGUGCCCCGACGGGUACUACGAGGGCGUCGAUGAGGGCCGCUGCCUGGGCUGCCAGGAGAGCUGCGCCACCUGCUCGGGUCCCGGCGAGGACGACUGCGAGCGCUGCCCGCCGGGCCGGCCGCGCCUCUACGAGGGCCGCUGCUCCGAGGAGUGCCCGCGGCACGCCUUCUACGACGCCGGCACGGGGGACUGCCAGGACUGCGACCAAUCGUGCGAGAGUUGCACGGGCCCCACGGCCGCGGAGUGCGCCACGUGCGCCUCCAACGGCGGGGAGCCCGACCCGGACACCGGCCUGUGCUCCGCGGAGGAGGAGGAGGAUCCCGCGCCCGCCACGUCGCCCCCCCCCCGCGUGCCCGCCCGGCUCCUACCGCCGGGAGGACGAUGGCUCCUGCGGCACGUGCGACGGGACGUGCGCGGCGUGCCAGGGCCCGUCGGACCGUGACUGCCGGUCCUGCGCUCGAGGGGCCUUCCUUUACAACGGCACGUGCCUGUCGUCGUGCCCCGACGGGCACUACCCUGCCGGGGGAGAUGGCUCCUGCGCGCGGUGCCACCCGGCUUGCGCCACCUGCAGGGGAGCGGCCGCCGCAGACUGCACGGCGUGCGUCAGCAGUGCCUACCGCCUCAACAACGGCCACUGCGACUUCUCCUGCCCGCCCAGGCACUACGGCGACGAGGAGGCCUCGGCCUGCGCGCCGUGCCACGCCUCGUGCGGCGACUGCUCGGGGCCGUCCCCCGCCGACUGCCUGAGCUGCCCCCGGGGCUCCGUGAUGCUGGCCGACGAGCGCCGCUGCGUGGAAGGCGGCUGCCCCACGUACGGCUACUUCCCAGGGCACGACGACACCUGCCUCACCUGCCACCGCAGCUGCCGCUCCUGCAGAGGAGGCGGCGCAAAGGACUGCCUCACCUGUGAGUGGGGUGCCGAGCUCCAGAACGGUAUCUGCUACCCGGCGUGCUCGGAGAACAACUUCUUCACUGAGAAGGGUGCGUGCAAGCCGUGCGACGAGUCGUGCCUGCGCUGCACGGGCCCCGUGGGCCACGACUGCCUGGAGUGCCACCCGCACUUGGCCCUCAACGUGAGCGAGCGCCGCUGCCUGCCCUGCUGCCUCCAGGGCGGCAACGGCGGCGCCGAGUGCUGUUUCUGCCGCGAGGGAACGAGCAAGUGCGUGCCCCCGCCCCCCGUGAGCGCGGGACGUCAGGUGGGGGCGCCGGACACGCAGCCGUCGGGGGAAGCCUCCUUGGGCCGGAAGAGUCACGCGGCGCUGACGGCGCUGCUGGUGCUCUCGCUGAUGGCCGUGGGCGCCGGCGCGGCGCUGCUGCUGCGGGCUCGCGCGCGCCGCAAGCUGUGCUGGUCCCGCACCAGCUACGAGAAGCUGGGGGGCAGCAGCGGGGGCGGCACGGCGAUCGCCACGACCGCCACCAAGCCCUUCUACGACGCGGAGCGCGACGGCGUGCGCCUGCGCGCGGAGCGCGGCGAGGGCCGCUACGAACACAGCCGCUUCCACGACGACCCCGCCGAGAGCGGCGACGACGACGACGACGUCGUGUACACAAGCGGCGACGGCACGGUGUACCGCCGCUACGACCACGGCAAGCACCUGCCCUCGUCCUCCGACAGCGAGCCCGAGGACGGCGGCGGUGGCGCCGGCGGCGACGGUCGGCUAUUCGCGUAGGGUCGCUCGCUGUGGACCCCGCCGGGAGAGGGGGGGUUCGGUUGCGGGGCGGUGGGGUCCGGCACGGAGAGGAUCAUCGAGAUGGUGUCGGGGCACGGCAGGAGGCGCCCGAAGCCGGGAACGCGCGGACCGUGCAACGGCAACGUCGCGAUUCACGAUCCUCGCGUUGCCGAGGGACGCAAGGACGUUGGAGGGUGAAGUGUGGGGGGGGGGGGGGGGGGGGACGUGCCAGCACGUGGGCGGCAAGACCGCGGCUCGUCGUCGGAAAUCUCGAGUCCUUGGGGUUCCCGGUCACCGCUAGGAAUGUCACGAGCGUGGCGCGAGCACACACCGCUCGUCGCCUCUGACGCUCGCUCCACCGCCAAGCGCACUCCCGCGUCCCUGUGCGGUGCUGGUUUUUAAAAUCACUUUACUUGUUUUUAGUUUAUGCGUUUUUAUUGAGGUUGUUGGGGAUAAGGUUGCAAUAGGAGGUGGAAUCUACUGUAUAAAAUGGUUUUAAGGAAUGUUGAUGAGAUUAAACUAAACGCAUUGCGGAAUGAUUUAGAUUAGUCAUCCGAUGGUGAGCAGGUUCCCCUGGUGUUCGUGGAACCACCACACCCCAGCCCCGCAGCGUGACCUUGCCUCACGGUGGGGGGCAUACAAAAACUCGGGGCGGGGGCAGGGGGGGGGACGAUACAGAGAAUGUUCAAUAAACUUUAAACAAACGUCAACGCUAAACAAAAUGCGCAAAGAUGCGACCAGCUUGUCUCUUGCAUUCUGCUCUCCGCUCUCACCCCAUAUGUGCGUAAUGAAGAUUGGAGUAAAACUGGCAGUGGUGUCAGAGCAAUUGUCUUGACUUGCUAUGGCCUAGAUUACACCCUGGUGUGGAUCAUUCUCAUGACCCAGCAGACGUUCGGGAUGUUGGCGGUGGGUCUGUGAUUAUGGACUGAUUGCCUUUCGCUGGGCUAUGGCCUUCACCAAACUCUCACGUUACCCCCCAACUUGACUCUUAACCACGGCACCAACGCUCCUCCUGGCUGCUGCCUCCAUCCGUACUUUAGUAAAGUUAAGAUUAGAGUUGGGAUUAGAUUGGCGUUGGGGAUGAGGAUGUUUAGGUUGUGGUUUGGGGUCUAGUGUAAUGUUUUGAGUGGGGGGUUAUCGUUAUGCUCACGCUGGGGUUACCGUUUAUUUGGUGUUGGUGAUUUGUUAGGUCGGGUUCGUGGUGGCGCUGGUUUCUUAUUCCGCAGGGAUUGACUGGAAGCUGUCGCGUGACCUCUCGCCCACAUGUUCACUUUAAUUUGUUUGACUGCUCCCUGCGGUGAGCACAGCGAAGAUCCGACUCUCCCGCGGCUCCUCUUUAAUGCCGGUGUAACCGGAGUAAAAAGGGGGCUCCAAGGUGGUCAUAUUUCAACUGCACCAUCCCAUCCAGGUGGCUUCUCGUCAUCUCCAAGAUGAUUCAAGACCAGGAUGUCAUCAUGGUCAAAGAGGUCGAUGCCACCCACACCUCGCUGCCAGCGCCUUCUCCCCUCCGCCAGAUCCCACAGCUGCUGCAGUCAACACGCGGCCGCCAAGAUCUGCCCUGACAGUCAUCUACCGUCAUCUGCUCUUGGAUGUUCUCUUCCCUCAUGGAGACCACUCUGAUGCCUGUCUCAGCAAUCAGCCCUCCCCCAUCCUGCACACAACGGCCUCGUCCACCAGAUCCCAUCGACACCACUCACCUGCCACGUUCUCUUCCCGGCUUAUGCAUUGCUUCUGUCUUUCCAAGAAAUUCCCAGCAUCCAUCUCAGAUACUUGAUGCUCAAAUGCCAAUGUAUUUUCCAGUUGUUUGGCACCAGCUCUGAUCCAUUCCAUAAUACAGACAGAAACCGAUCCACGUUUGUUUGUGGGUGUUAGGCCACAUGAGAGGUUUUUUUUGUUACAAAUUCUCAUCGUCAUCCCUCCACCACCACCUGACAUUUUGGCAUUAAAACCACUUGCGUAGCCUGAGCCAAAAUCAAACGUGGCUCGUAUUGCACUGGUUACGAUUUCAUUUGACAGGUGGAACUUCUGCCUACUCUAUGACCACUCGUGAUCCGUCACGCGCGGCCCAGCACCACCCAGCAGCAGCACCCAGCAUGCAGCCGCUCCUUUUCUCAACAUAGAACUGGCUAAACCGGUCUAGCCCACAUUCAGGCUUCGUGAAUUGUGGAUGACUUCCUUGCAUUAAAGUUGCGAUUGAAAUCGCGUCACCCCAUAAAA